UGACCCAAGCCCUACACUUAGCAAGAAACAAAAGGGCCAAUAUCUACAUGGACUCUAAGUACGCUUUCCUAAUCGCCCACUCACAUGAGACAAUCUGGAAAGAGAGGGGCUUUCUCACAACUAAAGGCUCCCCAAUAUGUAAUGCCUCCCAUAUUACCAAACUACUGGAGGCCAUCCCCCUGCCAAAAGAAGUGGCCAUCUUACAUUGCCGGGGACACCAGGCAGCUCACGAUAAAAUAGCCCAGGGUAAUAAUUUGGCUGACCAGGUGGCCCGGCAAACUGCCCUGCAACAAGAGGCAGCCCCUUUACUGGUCCUAGAAACCUCCUUUACCCCUAAAUACACGAAGGCAGAAACCAGAGCUCUACUCGCCCAGGAGGGGACACAAACACAUCCUUCCGGAUGGAUCACCCUCCACGAAAAACUGGUCCUCCCUGAACAACAAGCCAUUACCAUCAUAAAGCAGAUCCAUGACACCCUCCAUAUUGGACCGCGAGCUCUCUUAACUUUCCUUAGCCUGCUCUUCUCUCCUUUUCACCUUAGACAGGCCAUCCAGACCAUACAUCGCUCCUGUCUGACCUGUGCAACGAUCUCUCCUCAAGGAGGGCUCCGGCCCCCCCAGGAAACCCACCAGCUGAGAGGACAUCUGCCCGGUCAAGAUUGGCAGAUAACCCAGCAGGUAGCUGCAGCCCUCAACAUCACCUGGCAUCUUCACAUCCCGUACCGACCCCAGUCAUCGGGUAAGGUAGAACGGGCCAACGGGGUCCCCAGGGCCCACCUCGCCAAGCUCGCCUCAGAAGUGCGGCUCUCCUGGGUCGACCUCCUCCCCUUGGCUCUCACCCGCAUCCGCACAACACCGCACUCAAAGACAGAGUCCAAGAAAUAGCGCAGGCCGCGACCGGACGGGCCAAGAAACUAACAGCUAACACUCAACUCAAUCAAGAAGACAGACCUACCUCACAAUCCCACACAAGCUGACCUUUCGUCCUGACCGGCCCUGACCCCCACGUCGCCCCCGUCCAGCAGGAAGUAGCCAGAAGACAAACGUCGCCCCUUGUCCUAUACCAAAAAGGCCGGGAUGAAAGGUCACACUGAUCGCAGGCGGGAAGUCGCCAGCCAGAAAAUGCUGACAGAGAAGCGCCCCCCCCGCCCCCUGCCCGCCGAAAGGUCUCAGAUAAGCCCGUUGCCAGGCAGACUGACAGGGACAGAUAUCCACCAAUCAACAGCCCGUUGCCAGGCAGACUGAUGGACGCGAAGGCGCCAAGACUCCGGCCAAUCAAAAAACCGACAUGGGACCUAGACGUCCAAUCAGCACCUUGGUCCCGCCACUUCCGUAUCCGCUGGGGUAUAUAGGUGUCGCCACCCCUCCCCGCAGAUUGCAGACUCCCGUUUUUUUCCUUGCUCAUGCCCGGGAGCUCUGCCCGGGAGCGAUUGUCCAAUAAAAGCCUUUUGAUA